AUGAACCCUUCACAGAGAAUGGACAAACCGUUUGGUUUGAUCGUGUAUGGCGCUACCGGAUACGUGGGGUCUCUGGUGGUGCCGUACCUAUGGGCCAAAGGUCCGCAAGCCCUCCGAUGGGCUAUUGCUGGCCGGAGUGAGAAGAGGUUGAUCACCUUGAUGGACUCUUUGGGCCCAGCUCAACCUGAUCGGAAGUUGCCCCAUGUCAUGGUGGUCACCCUCAGCGGCGAUGAUCUUCGGCGCAUGGCAUCUCAGACACGUCUUGUGCUCAACCUGGUCGGACCUUUUUGUAAAUAUGGAACAUCCGUUGUAGAAGCCUGUAUAGAACACUCCACUGCCUACGUGGAUUCCACAGGCGAACACAUUUGGACGCAACGUCUAGCAGCGCAGCUGCACGAAAAGGCCAUGGUCAACAAGGCAAUUAUCAUUCCACAAUGUGCCGUGGAAUCAAGUCCCCCGGAUCUGAUGACGCUCCUUCUUGCGCGUAGGCUGCGCCGUCCUCUCGGACCCAUGUUCUUCGCAAUUCAACAUACCUGGACUGGCUAUAGCGGUGGUACCAUUGCAAGCAUCCUCGCCAGCCUGGAAACAUACUCCCUUCGACAGAUGAUGGCUGCCGGUGCAGCUCGCGCGAGCUGUAUCCCAGAUGCUGGAGCUCAUCGGCCUUAUUCCGGUCCUGUUCUCCCCGUUCGACGGGAUCGUUUUCUGGGUAAUCUCACAUUCAACCCCUCUGCGAUGGCUGACGAAGCUGUCGUCAUGCGUACCUGGUCACUGCUACAGCGAUACGCAGACCGAUCCGAGCGAUAUGGCGAACGAUUCAGCUUCCAUGGCUAUACCACUACGCCUACCAUGCUGAAAGGAUGGACCGGGUUUCUCGGUAUUUCAGUCGCUGUUUUCUGUGUGUUAUGCUUCCCGCCAUUCCGAUGGCUGCUGCGAUGGCUCUCUCCAGAGCCGGGAACUGGGCCGCGGGUGAAGCCCGGAGAGGCUCAUUUCGUGGAAUGGACGGCUACAGUCGCGGCGGAUGGGGACGAAGUAAACGAGCCUAAUGCAUUGGGUGUUAUGCGCUUCAAUACGGAUGUGUAUACUGUCUGUGCAAUCUUGGUUAGUGAAGCUGCUCUAACCCUGUUGGACAUUUUGGGAGGAAAGGGACAGGACUCAAUUGUCGAGAAAAUGGGAGGGGGGAAUUCUGACCCCAGCGUCGUUAGGGUUUCGGUAUGUGGAACGGCUACAAGAAGCUGGUUUGGAGUGGAAGGUGUCUGA